CACCAUUUCGAGUUCUCCUUCAAAGACGAUAUAAAAUAUAAUCCUGGAGAUGUUGCUGUGAUCCAUCCAUCUGCAGCUGCAUCAGAAGUCAACUCUUUCCUUGUCACCAUGGGCUGGACGAAUGUUGCCGACGAUUUCUUCACAGUAGAACAUAAAAUGUUAGAUCAAACGUUGCCCGACCAUCUACCAAAAAUUGUUUCCCUUCGAAUUCUAUUUACACGCUAUCUUGAUUUUAAUGCUGUGCCUCGUUGCUCUUUUUUCCAACUGCUGCGAUAUUUCGCUACCGAUGAGCUCGAAUGCGAAAAACUUGAUGAAUUUGUAUCGAUAGAAGGAGCGGUACACGUGCUGGACGAAAUGUAUGAUUAUUGUCAACGCAUGAAACGUACGACCUGGGAAGUAUUGUCCGAGUUCCGGUCCGCAAGGAUACCGAGAGAGCAUGUCUUUGACUUGUUCCCUCCGCUGAGACCAAGAGAGUUCUCAAUUGCUAGUUCCAUCGAGGCGAUCCAAUUCACCUCUGAGUUUUGUCAGCUCCAUCCCCGUGAAAUUCAUCUCUGUGUUGCUAUAGUGUGUUAUCGCACGAAGUUGAAAAUUCAUCGGAAAGGCGUCUGUACUAGUUAUCUAUCAGGGCUCAAAUUAGGAGAUACCCUUCGUAUCGGUCUCAGAAAGGGCUUCAUUUCACUUCCUACGGAUCCAAACACACCAGUGGUGUGUGUGGGUCCAGGGACAGGCAUCGCACCUAUGCGCGCCGUCAUUGAACAACGCAUACAUGAGGGACACAAUAGUAUGUUUGGCAGUCUUUGUAUACCAGCUGAUCCUUGAUGAUGCCAACUACUCCAAUAUCCCGGUUGUCAUCUGAAGAAAUUGAGUCUCUACACAACACCCUUCAGAACCUACUGUACUUGAACAACGUCUGCCGGGAGUCCUUGUGUCUGGUCCCUCCAGUCCAUUCUUCCCUCCAUGCUGCAACGCAAGAUGACGAGAUACCUGUAUCAUACCCCGUCCACUUGAGCGAUGGCACGAUCUCGGAGCAAAAGUCUAUAAGCGUGUCGAAGGGGAGCUUCGUGCAUGUCCCAGUAGAGGCUUUCAACCUCGACAAGGGUAUGUGGGGACCUAACGCCUGGGAUUUUGAGUAAGCUUUUUACGCCUGCUUAAUUGAACCACCUCACAAAAUGAAUUUACAGCCCUGAUCGAUGGGAUCAUCUUUCAGAGGAUGUGCUGUCACUUCCA